AUGGUUCCUAUUAACCUUGAACAUUUUCGCGCCAUAAUUUAUUACAACUUUCAGAGACAAGUAUCGCAACAAGAAUGCCUUGCCGAGUUACUGCCUGUUUUAGGCAACGAAGCGCCACAUCAGUCGACAAUUUCCCGUUGGUAUGGAGAAUUCAAACGUGGACGGGUGAGUAUUAGCGUCGAUCCCAGGGUGGAUGCACCAAAAACGGCAGUCACCCAGGAAAACGUCGAUGCUGUGCGCAAACUCAUCAUUGAAGAAAGACGUGUGACAUAUCGCGAGAUUGAGGCGUCCUUGAAGAUCUCAAAGACCUCACUUCAAAAAAUUUUACAUGAAGAAUUAGGAAAAGCAGCCAGGGUUAAUUGCUGUCAAAAAACGCUUGACCGUUUCAAUUCCGGAAACUCAAAAAAUGUGUACAGCAUUGUUAGUGAAAAUGAACGACAGUCGGCUGUUUGGGUGUUCCAAGGUGAAGAAAAGCCAACAAAAAUGGUCGCGACAUUUGUGUCAAAAGCGGGUCAUAUUGCAACAAUUCCUCUUAAUGAGCAAAGAACUGCUACUGCGGAUUGGUAUACCACCAUUUGUUUUCCAAAAGUCAUCAGCAAGCUUCGAAAAAUCAACCCCGAAAGAAGAAUCAUCCUCCACCAAGACAAUGCAAGCUCGCACACAGUCCAAAAAACAAGGCAGUAUUUAACGGAAAAAAACGUGGAAUUAUUGGACCAUCCUCCAUAUAGUCCCGAUCUAAGUCCUAACGAUUUUUUUACUUUCCCGAAAAUUAAAAACAGACUGCGUGGUCAAAGGUUCCAGUCACCAGAAGAAGCAGUUGACGCAUUCAAAAAUGCCAUUUUGGAUCUGCCAGCAAACGAGUGGAAUAAGUGCUUCGAAAAUUGGUUUGAGCGCAUGCAGAUGUGUAUUAAUCUUCGUGGAGAAUACUUCGAAAAACAAUAA